AUGGGAGCCAGCCUCCAGAGGAUUGGCACCUGGAAGAAGAGGUUGCUGCUGCACUUCAGCGCCUGCGGCGCAUUUGCGAGGCUGCCAAAGAUGCAGCUCUUGAAAAUGGGUCGACCAACGAUACUCGCUAUACCGCUCCUGUUGGAUGCUGAACAGUCAGGCAGGCAACCAGCUGUCCAUCUUUUGGCGAGACAGCUGCAAAGGGAGUUUAACACCGAGGAGCCAAUUGUCUACGACACAGUCCAAAUGUACUUGAAAGCGUCUCCACAAAGAUUGGAUCAGGCUUUGCACUAUGCUGGUCAACAUGGCUACAUCUAUGCCGUCAAGCUUGUCCGAGGUGCCUAUAUCGAGCAGGAACGGCCCUUUGGCACCAUUUUCGAUACCAAGGAGGACACGGAUGCGGCCUUUGAAACCGCCGCGGAGAAGAUCCUGCAGGCGAUCGUGACGAAGAGGCCAUCCGCUGCACUCAUGCUUGCCACGCACAAUCGAUCUUCUCUCUUCAAUGCGGUGCAGAUGAUGGAGAAACUAGGGCUUGCCCGCAAUGAUCAGCGAGUUCACUUUGCUCAGAUCUUGGGCAUGGUAGACAAUCUGACGUAUGCUUUGGGCUUGGCAGGCUACAAUGCCUCAAAACUUCUGGUCUUUGGACAGAUCCAUGAGGUUCUUCCGUGGUUGCUGCGCCGCACGCGGGAGAACCGAGAUGCAUUUGGGGCUCAGGCGCACGAACUCCCAGUGCUGAGAAAUGAAAUCCGCAGGAGGUUGCUUGGGCGCCUUGGGCGUGUCCCAAGGUAG